AUGGAUGGCGAAUCUAGAAAAGAUGAAAGUAAAACGAAAUCAGAAGAGAGAGAAGGUGAAGAAGAAUAUGAAGAAAUGGGUGAAGAAAAAGAAGAAGAUAAUCAAGAAGAGAAGGAGAAGGCCUUAACUGAAAUGUUUUUUCAACGCAGAAAAUGGUGUCCGAGAAGAGAAUGGUCAUCGCCACCCGACGCACGGGCGGCAUCGGAUGCAGCUAGAAGAGGAGUUUUAUAUUCGUCGGUCUUCCUUGGUAGUCCCGGUGACGCAAGUAACGCGAGUAUUGGCAGCGGAGAAGGCACAGGCGAGGAGGAUGACGAUACGAACGGAAAGAAAAAUCAAAAAAAGAGAGGCAUAUUUCCCAAAGUAGCCACGAAUAUCCUAAGGGCGUGGUUGUUUCAACAUUUAACGCAUCCCUACCCUUCGGAGGACCAGAAAAAACAAUUGGCACAGGAUACGGGGCUUACCAUUCUACAAGUUAAUAAUUGGUUUAUUAACGCAAGGCGGAGGAUAGUACAACCUAUGAUCGAUCAAUCAAAUCGAGCAGUCUUUUCUCCGCAUGCAGGUCCUAGUGGAGCGUAUAGUCCGGACGGCACGAUGGGUUACAUGAUGGGCGAGCAACAAAUGAUGCAUCGGCCGCCCGGAGAUCCCGCUUUCCACAACCAGUACGCGCAUUAUCCCGCCGAAUACUACGGUCACCAUCUGUGAGGUCCCCUUCAGCAGUUUGUCACAACGACGACGACAAUGGACAUAGAAAUAUGCAACUCUUAAAUGUGAUUAUAUCUGUACAAAGUGUAAAUGUAGUGCCCAGUGUUUAGAUAAAAAAAAAUAAUAAUAAAUAAUUAAAUCGAGGACUUGUACAAAAGUAUUAAAUUUUAAUCGUGCUGACUGCUGUAAAUAGGAAGUUAUUUAGUGGUGAGGUGCGAGGGUACCACGGAGAGGUCACCACCCCCUACCCUUUUGACGCUGGAGGUAUUGGUACACACCCGCAAGCAACCAAGUCAACAGUAACGUGGUAUAAUUGUAGCUUAGGUUUAUUAUAUCACACACUUUUCCCUAUCUUGUCAUUUGUUAAUUUUUUUAAUUGUUGUCCCGCUCAACCUGGAAAACGUACAACCGCUAUGUAAGUCUUUUUUUUGUUUGUUUGUUUGUAACUUGACUAUAAUAUUAUACGGAGUACAGUUGUAUAACGAUUAGUGUUAAAAUUGUAAAAAGUGUUGCUAAGAUAUGUUUGGCAACGCUUCCCUUUACACCCAUGUUGUUAAUGAUAUUCAUACUAAGUAUACGAAAAUGUAACAAUCAUUAUUGCUUUUUUUUUGGUUUAAUAAAUAUUGUCUGAAAUGUCAAAAUGA